ACACUGCAGCCAUGGAGGAAAGAUACUUAAGCGACCCCUGCCAUCAGUGUGACGUUUCCUACACUCUUUUUUGUAGGAUGUACGUGGACAAGCUGGCACAAAACUCGACCCACCCUCCUAAGCCUGGACUCAGGAUGUCCCUGCCACCCAAUUACCGGCAGGUGGCCAUGAUGGGGACCACCCCUGCUCCUGGACCCACUCCCACCACGACCUCAUCCUCCUCCACCUCUUCAGGGAACGGAGGCUCAGGGAGUUCGAAAGGCCGCCCUGCAGACCGACUGGCGCGCACCCCUAGCACCCCCUCCUCCUCCAAAGGAGUGGGUGAGGCCAACGUUCCCAGCCCCUUCACGACCCCACACCAUGGCAACCCAGCCUUUAACCCGCAGAAGAUGGGGACUGGGAAGGGGGUGAGUAAGCACAGCGGAGAGGGAAGGAUCCCAAAACCUCCCAAGGCCCCAGACAAGCCACUCAUGCCUUACAUGCGGUACUCACGGAAGGUUUGGGAUCAAGUGAAAGCUGCCAAUAAUGAUCUGAAACUUUGGGAGAUAGGCAAGAUUAUUGGGUCUAUGUGGCGAGACCUUCCCGAAGCCGACAAACAAGACUAUGUUGACGAGUAUGAGUCAGAGAAGCUUGAAUAUGAAAAGGCACUGAAAAGUUACCAUGCCUCGCCCAGCUAUCAGGCGUACUUGAAUGCCAAAACGAAAGGAACUAUAGCUACAGAAGAGAAGGAGAUCCUGGACCGGUCUUCCAGCACCACCACAGUCGGUUCUAAGCUUGACCGGCGCAUUGACAUUCAACCAGCUGAAGAUGAAGAUGACUAUGACGAUGGCUUGAGUGUGAAGCACGUUUCGCACUCCCGUUACAUCCGCAAUCACCGUCUCAUCAACGAGAUCUUUUCUGAUACAAUGGUCCCUGAUGUGCGCUCAGUUGUAACCAGUCAGAGGCUUACAGUGUUGCGUCGGCAGGUCCAGUCACUUACCAUGCAUCAGAAGAAACUGGAGACGGAGCUGCAGCGAAAGAUCCCCCUCAGGCAUGUUAUUUCCCCAAAGGCCACAGCCCCAAAGCUGGACGAGACCUCAUUUGCAUCUAUGGUUGAACGGCAAAAGGAAGUGCUGCGGCGGGAGGCAGAGGAGAGGCAACGCACAGCACAGGGCCUACCUUCACGUCCCCCUUCCACUUCCUCCUCCCAGGUGCAGCCUCAAAGCAAUGCAGCAACCAGAGAAGAUAGCAAUGAUGCAGCUGGCCCUGCACCUCAGAACACAGCCACACCAGUUGACGCAGCAGCUUCCCCUGCCCCCAUGCAGGAAAACGACAUGGGUGGUGAAGACGAGAACAAGAUGGAAGCCUCCACUGCUGUGACGUCUACUGCUGCUGCAACUGCACCAAAUGUUCCGGCUCCUACCACUACCACUGCUGCUGCUGUUCCUGCUGUCAAUGGCCCCACCUCUGCUGCUCCCUCUACUGCCCCUUCCCUUGCCCGUCUGCUGCAGCUGGGGGAUCCUCCUCCCAAAUGACCUCCACUCCGCCCACCUCAGCCCAGAACACAGCAGCUCACAGUGAUGCGAGCAGUGUCCCUCGGCCAGCCCCUUCGGUUGUCUCAUCUAAUCCUACUCCACUCCCUGGCACUCCCCAGGCUCCCCCUGUCUCUGGUGCA